AAGAAUCGACUACAGUGUGCCGGUUUUUAAGGUUGUUACAAAGUCAGUUGUAUUCGUAGCUUCCAUAAUAUUCUUUCUUUAAAGUUUAAAGUAUUUUAUUUAUGAGUUAAAGUCCGUGUUGGGUGUCAUGCUGCUUUUAAUUAACGCAAGUUCAUUCAUUGCAAGAAAACCUCUCGUUGAAAUUGGAACUCGUCUUUUAUCUUCCAUGGCUCAAGCGUUGCAAACUCAUGGUGUCGUACCCGACGUUAUUGACAAGGUCCCACAAAAUGUACUACAGGUCACUUAUCCAAAUAACCUUGCCGUUGAAAUUGGCAAAGUGUUGACUCCGACACAGGUGAAAGAUCCACCUUCUGUUAAGUGGGACGGCGAUGCAAGUGCUUUCUAUACCCUUUGUAUGACUGAUCCAGAUGCACCAAGCCGCAAAGAACCGAAAUUUCGCGAGUGGCAUCACUGGUUGGUAGGAAACAUUCCUGGUUCUGAUGUUUCCAAAGGUGAAGUACUCUCUCAGUACAUUGGUUCAGGUCCACCAGAAGGCACUGGACUUCAUCGCUAUGUGUUCCUUUUGUAUAAACAGCCUCAAAAGAUUACAUUCAAUGAACCUCGUCUGACUAAUCGCAGUGGAGAUAAUCGAGCAAAUUUUUCUAUUAAAAAAUUUGCUGCAAAAUACAAACUGGGAGACCCUAUUGCUGGAAACAUGUAUCAGGCAGAAUUUGACGAUUAUGUUCCACUUUUAUAUAAACAAUUAGGAGGUUAAGUACACAUAGCACGGAUAGAAUAUGAGGGAUAUGAAGCCUGGUAUAUAGACAUUGGAGACGGGUUAUAUUUUGUAUGAAAUUUGAUAUUAAACACUCAUUCAUGUAGUACAAGCACAUUUACAUUGUGUAAUGUAACAUCUGUACACAAUGAACAAAAAUAAAUGAAGUUAUAACGUA